AUGAUUGUUACGGUAGACGGUAUUGAAACAAAAAUAAAUAGAAGCUCUAACUCUAGUCAGCCAACUUUACUGAACAUUCCAUUAGAUGAACCUUCAUGCUCUGAGGAAACGUCAUCAGUUCAAGAAGACGGCGGAUCAAGAAGAAUUCGAAAUUCAACUGGAACACGCCGAAGUCUUUUCUUUGGUCGAGAGAAAUCGGAAAUGUUAAGUCAACUUGCGCAUCUUAGAAGCGAAAUGCAAGCACCAGUGCCUACAUUUGAACUUGAGGACAGCUGGAAAGAUAUUGUUAAGGAUUAUGCUGAGUUAAGCGAAAAAACUCAACGACAGCAAGCUGCUAUUUGGGAACUGGUGACUACUGAACGUACAUAUAUUCAGAUGCUGAAACAAAUGCAUGAGCUUUAUUUAUACUUAAAACGAUUACAAGAAUGUGGCUUUUUACAAGACAUUGAUCCUCGUCGCGUAUUUUUGAAUUACUCAGAAUUGUAUGAACAUAACAUGCAAUUUUGGAGACAAGCUAUCGUUCCAAUGUUGCGUAAUACCAGAGAGCGAGGAGUACCACUGAAUCCUUGCCUGCUGAAAAACGGUUUCGAUCGCACCGAUGAAUGGUGGCCAAGUUACGCAAACUUCUUGUAUGGAAAUCCAGACUGCUAUGCCUAUGUUCAAAAAUGUCAAAAAGAGAACGAACUGUUCAAAGAGUUUGUUCUGUGGGCAGAAUCGCAGGACGCUAUGCAGAAAAAUAGACAACGUUUGUCUGAUGCACUUAUGAAUCCGAUGCAGCGUCUGACCAGAUAUAGCCUUCUGCUCAGAGCAGUUUACAAGCACAGUGUUGACGAUACUGAGAGGGAUAAACUAACUGAAAUGAUUACCCGCAUUGAAAGGGCAACGCACGAUGUCGAGGAAACAAUGAUAAACAGUGAUUUGUUGAACAAACUCAACGAACUUUCAAAAUGUAUCGAAAGUUACGAUGUAGUCGAUUGUGAAGAAUUUGAAAAGAUAUUCCCGAUGAAAUGCGGCAUUCAUCUGUCCGAUCCAAUGCCUUUCUUUUACAAUCCGCCGCAGUUUCGUCGUAUCUUUCUGAGAAGUGAUUUAAAACUUAGGGACGGCAAACAAGGGCAAAAGGUUGACGCGCACUGCAUCCUCUUCACCGAUCUAUUCCUCAUUUGCAAAGCGGCCAAUAAGCGUAUGGAUAGGCUGCGAAUUCUGAAACCUCCAAUUCAUAUUGCAAAAAUGUGUCUGCAACCAUUCCCUGACUGGUCGGGUUUUGCGUUAACAGCAAUGAACGACUUUGGUAUGCCAACCUGCCUUUAUUACUUAUAUCCACCAUCAACAGAAGAAACCAAAAAGUGGCUGGAAAUGAUAAAGAUGGCACUUCGCGAAUUUAGCCGUUUGAACCCAAUGAAUCCACAGUCGUGCUUAAUUGGGUUCCCGUAUGCAACACAAAAUGGGCUUACAAAAUCUGAAGGAAUUUGUUACGGAGAACACAUGCGAGCUCAGUUAAGUAACGGUGGGGGUAGUCACGCAGAUUUAAAUAGCUGUAUUGUACCCGAUAUUGUUCACAGAAAAUGCUCUAGUAUGGACUCACAAAUUUUGGCCGAACAAUCGCGUUUUACAAAUUCCCAUAUCAACCAAGUGUCCUCAGCCGAUCAUUUGGACAGACUGUGGGAUGCUCGUAUGACAGCAAAUCUUCUAUCUCAGCAGAGGUUAACAGUUCCUCAUGGUGGCGCUAAGUUGGCAGCUGCUUAUGUGGGACAAUCAAAAUCUUCUCUCGAUUUACACCUUACUGCUCAUUUUAUGGAUAGGCGAGAAUGCUCAAAAUUAUGCUGUCGUUCUCGAUCUAGUUCUUCAAGCAUGUUGGAACGGACAGAUGCCGUGGACGAUGAAAGUACCGUUCACGAGAGCAACGAAUAUAGAGAGCCUGGGGAGCUUCUUGAAUACAGUGCAGAAGCUGCCGAGACCGAUGGUUUGAGUGGGAUCUCGUCAAGACAGGACAACAGAACAGAUUCUCCAGCUUUGCAUCUUUUAGAGAACGAUAAAGAGGCGCAGGGAAACGCUCAGCUAACGGGGCGUCGCUUUGAGCGCCGAUACCAUACUUCAGAUGGAAUCGAUGUGAUGAAACAAAAUCCCAAGGUCUUGAAACGCUUUUCGUGGAAUGUCACCAGUGGCGUUGGUGGUUCUUCACGCAAAAUAAACAGUCGCUUUGCUGAACAGCAGAGCAGACGACAUUCUCAAUCAACAGUUGCAUCUUCGGAAUCUUUCAGUUCAUCGACUUCUGGUAUUAGUACAUCAUCGUCAAAUAUGGAAGAUACAACGAUAGCUGAAGAUAAUACUCCUACUGAAGAUAUUGAUUUUCACAUUUCAACUAUAUCAGUUGGAGAACAUCACACUUCAGCAACCGAAAAUGGGAAUACAUUACGUAUAAGCCUGCUCGAAGAUCAUAUCAACAAGUGUGAAAUCAGUGGAGGUAGUCUACCUCCACUUCCUGCUACUCCUCCGCCGUACAAUAGUCAUAAGGAAAAGGAACAGAAAGCCUGUAACAAACACAAAGAGCUGCUCAAAUUCAUUAUGGAUAAUCAACUAGAAACAUCGUAA